UUUCAAGAGCUAUUUGCAUGUCCGAACUAGAACCCACGCCCUCAACCGACAGAAGCUUCUCAUGUCGAGACACUUCCUACUUUUAUUUUAAACGCAGCUUCAGCCGCUGAUUGCAGCGUGUCUAAAGAAUAUGUGGACUCGGUUUCAAUGGGAUACUUUAGGAGCCUUCAAGAGGAGUUUUGCAUAGUUCACAAUCAUCUCCCGGUCCUCGCGUCACGAUGACUUCCCAGCACCUGUCAAACCUGUCCUCUCUGAAGGGCGAGUUCCGACCGGAGGACCUCAUCACGCCCGUCUACAAGGAGGCCUACCGCCUGGCCAUCGACCAGCUGCUGAGCGGCGGCCGGGACACGUACCGGGAGUUCCUCAAAGGGGAACGCGUGGGGAGCUUCCUCUCCGAGGAGGAGCUCCUCUUCAUCGCCGCACACGUGCAGAGGCCCCCGGUGGUGGCCACCCCCCCCCCGGCUGAAGACGUCCGCCAUGUGCCGUCCGACAGCCACUCCUCCUCCGGGACCUACUGGCCCAUGCAGUCGGACGUGGUGACCCCGGACCUGGAGCUGGGGUGGCCGGAGGUGAUGCACGAGCGGCUGCAGACGAGCGUGGAGCUGCUGCACCAGCCGCCGCGACAGAACAGCCCCCCCAUCAAGGAGGUCAUACGCAAACACAUCCAGGACGCCAGACAGGUCAUUGCGAUUGUGAUGGAUAUGUUUACUGAUAUAGAUAUAUUCAAAGAGAUGGUGGAUGCGGCGGGGAGAGGUGUUCCUGUUUAUGUGCUUCUGGACGAUCUCAAUCUCAAAAGUUUCCUCGCAAUGGCUGAAAGUCAAGAUAUAAAAAUUCCACAGCUUAGAAACAUGAGAGUACGCACGGUGAGAGGACACGAAUACCUCACUCAGUCAGGGGCUAAGUUUCACGGAGCAAUGAAGCAGAAUUUCCUCCUCUUUGACUGCAAAACAGCAAUCUAUGGCUCAUACAGCUUCAUGUGGUCCUUCGAGAAGAUCAACCUCAGUAUGGUGCAAGUCAUCACCGGCCACUUGGUGAAGUCAUACGACGAGGAGUUUCGGACGCUCUACGCCCGCUCCGCCGUCCCAGAGGUUCUGUGCCCGGUACGUCUGCCCUGUGCGCCCAAAGACGUGGCGAACGGCUGGCCCGUGAUGACAUCGUACGUCACAAGCCCAAGCAACAUGUUUGAACGCAAGAACCACUUGAGGCACACUCUUGACGCGACCCAUAUGAAAUCUCAGAUGGAGAGGCAGGUGAGCAGGAAACUUCCCGAAGAGAGGAUUUAUGAAGAGCCGAUCGAGCACAUGCCGCUGAAGGACUACAAGUCGGGGGGCUUUAACCACACGCCCCAAUUGAACCCUGUGGAGAUGUCAAACUUCUUCAAACGACACAGCUACGCUGCUGGGGACAGACACAACAGCCCUCAGAUUCCACAGAACCAGAGGCACGGGGCCAGCAACUGGAACAUCCCUCGGGACACGUGCCCCCCUCUCGACAGGAACAACCACCCCAUGAUGGACGACUUCUCCCAGAUGCAACAGAUGUCCAGAGGGCAGAACGUGCGUCCGUCACACAAUGACAAGCAUCUCCUUUCUGUGCAAGAAUACAUGCCCUCUCUGGAGAACACCUCAAAGUCCUUCAUGAGAACGUGGAGGAUAGAAUCGUACCUGAAACACCCUGACACUUCCUUUACUGAUACUCUGGACCAGUACGAACCAGCUGACACUAGACCGAGCUCUGUGCUGCCCUCGAGGAGGCGGACCUCCCUGGUUCUUAACUCCACAAUUCCGGAACAUUCUGAGAAUCACCAUUAUGUGAAUAACUCGUCGACUAAUCUCUCUGGCAACCUGAGCCCUGCACCGCACUACUCUUCAAUGCAAUGGGGAACAGAAGAGGAUGAGAGAAGGCGAAACUUUGAGGAAUUUAAAAGGCAAAGCCAACAGAAGUUGGAUAACACCAGGGAUAACGCUAGCUAUAACGCAGACAAGAUUUCGCAGAAUUCCAUCUACGCAAGCCUUGGGAGAUCCAAAGGGAGGAAACUCCCAGACAUUUCGUCAGACAACUGGGAUAAAAGACACAGUGUUGCCGAUCCCAGGAACAGUGAGUUCAGAAGUCCCUAUGAAUCCCCGGGUCACAUGUAUGGGAGGCACAUGGAGAGAGGCCCAGAAAGGGUCCCUGCACAUUACGGUCAUUAUGGGUCAAGUCUGAAUGAGGACCAACGCUCAGUGUCUCAUUAUGACGUCAAGAACUUUGUGGACAUUCAGAAACAUCCUUCGUGGCUGGAGCCACCAUCUAGAACUGUGUCCGCGGCCGCACUUGACGGAGAGAGCAAGGGGGAACCGUUUAUACCCACUGAGAAGAACCAGAAGCAUUUUCUGAAAAAGAGCACCAUGAAGAUUAGGUCUUUGCUCAACAUACCGGAGAAAAAAGAAGCCCACUAUUCGCAAAGCGUCGAACAACUCAGUUUGAAAUCAGGUCACAGCACGGAAACUUUAACGGCCGAGGACGAAGAACAGCGCUCUCAAAUCCUCCUCGGUCGAGAUCCUCAGCGUCUUGCAUUUCACCAUCACAGGACCUCUGCAGACAACCCCAAGAGCCGGCUGACACAGUCCUGCGGUAAGCCGUCAACUCCUCGUUUUAACGUCGAGGAGCACCGGCAAACCUCUACGACCCACGCUUUGUCUUCGAGGAUGCACCAGCAGAACUUGCUAUCUGAAGCAAGGCUUAGGGCCUGCUACGAAACAGGGAGCCCACACGACGAUGCGGUUUUCGAAGACCAUCUGAAAAGCAGAUUUGAUUCACGCCGGGCUCCUGAAAGUAAGUAUUCUUCACAUCGUGACCCGUCAGGACCGGCUGGUGCGCCGUCCAUGGAAAAAGAGAAGGGCUUGUCGUCGAGGAAGGGUCCCGUGUUGAAUGAACAUCACCAUAGUCGUACUUCCCAUGGUCACCAUGAAAAUAAACUGGGGAAAUUCAUUCAAAAGAUGGGUAGUUUAAUCAACAAGAAAUAAGUAACAUGGGUUGGCCGACAGGAUGCAUUUGAACAAAGGGUGAUUUUCGUAUUUUAGGUAUAACUGUUUCAAUUUCCUCCAUCAGCAGAAAUAAGAUUAAAUUGCACAUCUGAGUGCUUAAGGUGUUUAUCGUUUUGAGAUCUUAUCAACAGUGUUAAUUUUAUGUGCGUUUACUCUAAAGGUGCAUUUGGAUAUACAUACUUUCAAUAUGUUUGGUUUCAUAUAGAAAGGUUAUUUAAGAUGUUAAUAAGCUUGCUUGCUCAAUUAGCUAUUGUCCCCAGUAUGAGAAAAUAAAGCAAUGGAAACUAAACAAGAUAAUGAUGUUGACGUGUUUUGGACUAUUUUUUUUCAAUUUUCUUCGUGUUUAUCACAAUUGUCUUUAUAUGCAGAAUAUUUUUGCAGCAUUAUCUUUUAUAGAUCCCUUAGCAGCAAUGCAUUCCAGACAGAAUGACCACCAAUGAAUAAGAUAAGAUAAGAUAAGAUAAGAUAAGAUACAACUUUAUUAAUGUGGCUUAUUAAAGUUUCAGUCUUUCAAAACCUG